ACUUGUGUAGGUCAUCGGAGGGAUACACAUACAUAGAUGAGAAUAUGUGUUUGGUAAGAGGAAUAAAGGGUAAGGGGUAAAUUUGCUGUUGCUGGGAAGAAGUGGAAGGUAAAUAAGGAAGUGCCUUCUACACUUUGAUAAGUUAAAUCGACUACUAAGCUCUGAAUUGGCGAGUGAAUCGACUACUUUAGUGGUGUCGUUGUUGCCACGCAAAAAUAAACAUAGCGUAUUGUUGGAAAAAUUUAUCAAUAUUUGUCUUUGCAGUGACAUAUGUUUGAUAAUUAUGAGAAAUAAUUAUACACUUAUUUUAAACAAAUGAAAUACUAUAGUGCGUUGAUUCUAGUUUUAGUUUUAUUAUUUAUGAAACGAUCAAUCCUCGGUAUGCUUCACAAAAAAUGUAGAAAUACUACUUACCCUCGAACAAAUUUGCAACGUUUUUCAGUACCAGAUGAUAAAGUGCUUUGGACAGUAGAAUAUCCUGAAUAUUCUCCAAUUAACUAUACUUCUGAAGGACUAAAAGAAAAACCAUGGGCAGAUCCAAUUAUAGAAGAUCCAAAUUUUAAACCAAAAUGGAAUGAACUUGAUGGCAAUGGACAAAUUAAUCGAAUAAGUUACAAUGGUCUGUAUUCGAUUGAUAAUAAUAAUUACCCCCAAAAUCCUUUUGGUAGAACUGGUAUGAUAGGUAGAGGUUUAUUAGGACGAUGGGGACCAAAUCAUGCUGCAGAUCCAAUAGUUACCAGGUGGAAAAAAUUAAAUGAUAAUUCAGUAAAACUAGAUGAAAUUACAAACAAGCCAAUAUUACAAUUCGUUGGUAUACAGAGGAAUGAUUCAGGAGAGUGGGCUAUACCAGGAGGAAUGGUGGAUCCAGGAGAAAAAGUAUCAGUUACAUUGCGUAGAGAAUUUAUGGAAGAAGCUACUAAUUCUCUUAUGAAAAAUUCACAGGAAAUGGAGCGUGUUGAAACUUUAAUUAGAAAGUUUUUUGAACAGGGUGAAGAAAUUUAUAAGGGAUAUGUUGAUGAUCCAAGGAAUACAGACAAUGCUUGGAUGGAAACAGUUGCUUACAACUUUCAUGAUAAUACUGGAAAGAUUGUUGAAAAUAUAAAUUUUGAAGCUGGUGAUGAUGCGAAAAAUGUUAGGUGGAUAGACAUUAAUAAUGAAUUGAUACUUUAUGCUAGUCACAAGGAUCUUGUAAUAAAAGUCGCAGAAAAGAAAGCAGCUCAUUGCAUUUUAGCAGUCAAAUAAUCAAGAAAAACAAUGUAAAACAUUUAAAGUAAUAGAGUACGGAACGUUAUUGCAAACUAAACAAUAUGUCCAAAC